AUGAAGUUGAGACUUUCAGGCAGGUCUUGGACUUCUUCAAAGCAGAAGGUGUAUUCAGAUAUCCUAGCAUAUUAUCGCUCUCUAUUCAGGUCAGAAGGAAUUGAUGAUGAUGAUGCUCGCCAAACGGUGCUUGGUUCUAUUUAUUCUUGUGUUGUGGAGGAGGAUAAUCUGAUGUUCUCUGUAGACCUGAAAGAUCCCAAAUUGGUUCAUGGAGAGGAGCUAUUUCAAUUCACUAUUAAACUUGUGGAGCUUUCUGCUAAACCCAACAUGACAGACUUCUUCCCUUUCCUACUAUGGCUCGACCCACAAGGAAUUCGAAGAAAGGUGGAGCAGGCAUUAGGUGGAGCUCUAGAAAUUGCAGCUGGCUAUGUGAAGGACAGAGUCCAAAGAACAGAGCUUGGAGCAGGAGAGGAAGGACAACAAGAAGGAUUUCCUGGAUGUGUUAUUGGCAUUCCAAGAAAGGUGGAAGAGAACGACAUUGGACAGUUGCAGUAUCUAGAGGCAGUGGUGAAGGAGUUCUUGGGCUCUAGUAUUGAAUCCUUGGGACACCAUUUCCAAUUUCUACCGUUUGGAGCUGGAAGGAGGAUCUGUCCGGGACUACCAUUGGCGAACUGGGUUCUUCAUCUUUUGUUGGCCACAUUGCUUCAAUCAUUUAAUUGGGCUCGUGAAGAAGGUGUUACACCGGAGACUCUGGACAUGAGUGAAAAGUCUGGGACUACACUGAGAAAGGUUGUUCCUUUGAAGGCUAAGGCUACACCCAGACCACCAUUGUUACAAGCUGCUUGA